AUGACAUCCUACCUUCAGAAAGAAAGGAUCAAAGACCAGUGGAAGACCUCGCGAACCGUUCUUAUCCAUAAGAAAGGUGACCGAGAGGACCUUCGGAACUACCGUCCGAUAUGCUUGCUGAGCGUAUUAUACAAAGUAUUCACCAAGAUCAUCCUCACCCGCAUAUCUACGACGCUGGAUGAAGCCCAGCCUCAAGAACAAGCUGGAUUCCGCCAAGGGUUCAGCUGCUUGGACCACAUCCAGACUGUGUCGAGGGUCAUAGAGGUUUGCCGGGAAUACCGCCUGCCCUUUGUUCUAACCUUCGUCGACUAUGAGAAAGCCUUUGACAGCGUAGAAACGAAUGCAAUACUGUCAGCGCUGGUCGACCAAGGUGUGGACGCGUCGUAUGUGAGGACAUUAGCCAAUUGCUACGAUCGAUGCACGACUAGGAUACAGCUUUUCCACCGCCCUCUCACCAUACCCAUUGGAAAGGGGGUACGACAAGGCGAUACUAUAUCGCCGAAGCUGUUCACAGCUGCAUUGCAAUGGAUAAUGAAAUCACUAUCCUGGGAAGAAAGGAGCAUAGGUGUUGAUGGAAGAUUUCUUUCGAACCUUCGUUUCGCGGACGACAUCGUUCUCUUUUCGAGCAGUACCAAUGAAGCAGAAACGAUGCUCAACGAAUUGAACGAAGCAAGGAAGAGAAUAGGACUACGAAUAAAUAGAAAGAAGACACAGUUCAUGAAGAACGCCUACUGCGAGGACGGAGGAGUACAACUUGAAGGCUCCCAAAUCGUGGAAACUCCGUCAUACGUAUACCUUGGACGUUCAAUGAACAUGGAAAACGACUUGAAGGAAGAACUAAAUAGAAGAAUGAGAGCAGCAUGGGCAGCAUUCGCAGCCGUCAGGGAAGCUACGGACCAACUGACGGACCACGAUCUCCGUGCCCAUCUGUUCGACUCGACAGUCCUUCCAGCGCUCUGUUACGCAGCGGAGACGUGGGCAGACACCGCGGCCACGUCUAGGAAGCUACUUACUACUCACAGAGCCCUUGAGAGAUGUCUCCUGAAGUUUAACCGGCGCACACAACACCUAGCCGGUCUUCGUAGCUCCGACUUAAGAGGAAUGUCCCGUCUUCGCGACCCAGCGGAAUAUGUAUCGAAAGCAAAACAUAAAUGGGCCGGUCACAUCAUGAGAAGAAUCGACGAUAGAUGGACUAAAAGAACGCUAGAGUAG